CGCGUCUUGCGCUUCCAGUGAGCGUUCCGUCCAACUCCAUUUCAUUGUUUCUAGAGACGUCUCAAAACAAUCGCUUCAUCCAUCCAACGUCUCAAAACAAUCGCUUCAGAUUCCACUGCCGCGUUCAGUCUAGCUGAAAGCCCUUGCUUCUUUCGCACACGUUACUGACGCAUCUUCUGUAAGACGCUGCCAACUCCAUAUUCCGCUGCCUUCUUCAGUUCAGUCCAGCAAAAAUUUCUCGCCUAUUUUGUACUCAGGGAACUGAUUGGCCAGCGUCCUUCGCACACAACGAUGCUGCUGCGGCGAUCAGUGCCGGCGUUAUCUCGAGCAGCGGCUUCUGCUGCCGCCUCUAGUGCCGUCCUGUCGUCCGUGCUGCAUCGGACGGCUCACGCGCGACAGCCGAUCGCCGAGGUGCCUGCAGCCGUCGAUCUAGUUCACCAGCCGAUGGUGUGCCGCGGAGUAGCUACUGGAUCGGAAGCAGCCCCCCUCUACGACACGCACAUCCCCCUCUCGCCUUUCCAGCGAGCAGCAGUGGCCAUAGGGGCAUCCGUGGGCGCAUUAGCCAACCCCGCACGGGCAGACCUGGUGGCGGCUGUGGGGGAGACGACUGGGGGAAUGGCGCUGGAAAGAAUCAGGCAGCAGAUGAGGGGGUGCGCGGAAGGCAGGGCACUGUUAGAGGAGAGACCCGCGUGACCAGACGCCACACUGGAAGCAGCAGAGCUGUGCGGCAGAGGGACAUUUGGAGCAGCAUACGCCCACUUCAUGCGAUCCCGCAGCUUCCUGCCCCAUGAGAGGCCGCCCGUGCGCUUCAUUGACGACCCCGACUUCCUGCCCCAUGAGAGGCCGCCCGUGCGCUUCAUUGACGACCCCGAGUUGGCCUACUUGGCCAACGGUGGGUUAACUUUUUAAACUAAAAGUGGAUGUUCUUUUCCUGCCCCAUGUGCGACUCCUCAUGUGGUUUGUUGAUGACCCUGAGCUGGCUCAUGUGGCCACACGGUGAGUUUUGAGUUUGGGUGAGAGUACGAAGAUGCGGAGCCAAGGAGGAAGGGCAAGAGCAGAGGCGGAAGAGACGAGAGCAUGGAGUUGUAGAGCCAAGAGGAGGAGCAAGAGGCCGGGGUUGAAGAUGGGCAUGGAGGACGGCGAAAGCAAGCGGAGGCUGGAGAAGACACAGAAACUAAAAUUGUGUGGAAAAUCAUGCUAGGAAAAGUGGUGGAGAUAUCGAGAGAUGUCCUGAUGGUCGAUAAGGACAGAUACGCAGUGAUAGAAGGCGUGUGGAACUUCAAAUAUUUCGAGAUGUUCAAAGUCGUGUGGCAAGAUGAGGUGGCAAGGGUGUCUUGCCAAGCGACU